AUGCAUCGCUUUUUUGCAGAGCUGGAGCCAUCUCUAUCCGUCACUGAGCAAAACCUGGCAGACCGAGUUAGGUACAUCCUGCGCUCCAACAUAUUUGGUGACGCCGAACUCGAGCGACUACGACGUGAGGCUAUUCCUUCAUCGAAUGGAAAUGCUACGGCUGGGAAUGCGGCGCCACUAGAUGCGCAACAAACUGCAUAUGUGGAUGCUGCCGUCAACAUUCCAUUUGUGGCUAAUUCAGACGAUGAUGGAAUAGUCUCCCACGAACUAGAGAAAAUGAGGAGCAUAUUGGAAGAGUCGAUGCUGGAAACGCGCAGCAUGCCUCUCGAAAAUCGACCGCGACUUCCCCGCAUACCCCUUAGCAAGCGAAAUCGGGCUGUCGUGCGGGCUCUUAACCCAAUGCUGGUGACCUAUUUGGAAGCCAGCCGGGACCUUUGCGAGACGGAUUCAAUUCUUUUUGGCGCCGCACUGGCAGUAUGCCGUAUUAUUGGCGCCAAACUUCCCGUGGCUGGACGUGCUACUCAAAAAAGUGGCGCCAUCCCAGCCUGGAGAAAAAAAUUGAGGACCGUAUCGCAAAGGCAAGGGCCCUUAUCGGCAGACUGA